GAGCAGGGGGGAGAGGCAGCUCUGGCCUGACAGCCGGGGACAACUGGCCAGCUGCUCUUUUGAGUGAAAGAGGCUGAGCAGGGAAAGGCCUGGUGCCAUGGCCCAGCAAGAAGAAGAAGAAGAAGAAGUGACCCUGGGGAAGAUAGACUCCCGGGACCCACUCACCAAAGAGAUUGAUCUGGUGGAAAGAGACCCCAAGCAGAUCAACCAAGAGGUGGUAAAGGUGGACUUUGAAGAUGUGAUUGCUGAGCCGGAGGGCACCCACAGCUUUGACGGGGUGUGGAAGGCCAGCAAGACCACGUUUACAGUCAGCAAGUACUGGUGUUACCGGAUUCUGUCAGGGAUGCUAGGCGUGCCGCUUGCCUUGCUCUGGGGCUUCCUCUUCGCCUGCGUUUCCUUCUGCCACAUCUGGGGGGCUGUGCCUUGCAUCAAGAGCUACUUCAUAGAGGUGCAGUGCUGUGGGCGCUGCUAUGCCCUGUGUAUACGCACCUUCUGCGACCCACUCUUUGAAGCUGUGGGAAAGGUCUGCAGUGAUGUCCGAGUGGCCCUGCGCAAGGAACAUGCCAAGGACUGAGAGGCUCUGUUUGGGACCAGGACAGGACUCUGGGGUUGCCUUCUUCCUCUUGUCUCCUCAAGUCAGGCUAGGGUCCCAGCUAGAGUCCUGAUCUCAACACAUGUAAGCAGGAUCUGCCUGGCCAAUGGAGCUAUGCUUUUAACUCCUUGCCCCACAACCUGCUUCAUCCCUUUUUUAUAAGCAGAACCAAACCAAGACAAACUGGUGGCCCAAGGUGGAAAAUCCAAAUGAUAGUCUGUGAACACACAGAGAACAGAAUCUAGUGGGAAGUUCUUCUGCACAAGCCCCAUCACUGAGGCUUGCACAGCAGGCCUUCCCAGUAGGAUUUGCCUCAUGGGUCAUGGGUCUGUCUCCUAUUCUGCCACCCUGAACAUCUGUUACCUGAAGCAGCCAUCUCGCAGUGUGGCACAGUAUGAAUUCCUUUGUUGACAGAACUUGUGCCAUCUAGGUGUUUAAUAAAGGCUCAUCCUCACCUAGGACUGAAAGUCACAAGAUUUAAGGUUUCACCAACCUCAUCUCACCAUUGCAAUGCCAUCCCUUUAAAGCUAUGAUGUGCCAUCAAGGAUAGCCUUUCAGUGUUGCUCUUUCCCAGCAGGUGAAACAGCAGCACUAUGGCAACUGCCCAAGGGGGAAAGAGAGUGACAUCAGUAUGCUGGGGGAAAAGGUUCCUGCCUCUUGAUGGGAAAAGAAGGCCUCAGCACCAUUUCAGGAGACAAGCAGCUGGGUUAUCCUGACUGCUUGCCUCAGAUCAACAAGUGAAUGGAGAAAAUAGUGGUUCUCGAUUGUCAGUCUGUCCCAAAGCCUCAGGUUAUUCUCAAAUCAUACACAGUAGCUAUUCCCCGAUAGGCCUGGCACCCAAACAGACUAUUAACUAGUUUUUUUUUCACCCUUACCUGAGGUCAAACCUCAGUUUUAAGAUUUCAACAGAUUGGUUAAAGCAAGUGAAUAUUUUGUUGUUUUUCCAAGGGAAAGACACCCAUAUUUAAUCCAAGAGUCAUCAGCAAAUUCUAAUUUCUAAGUCCAAGUGCAGCCACUAAUCUCAAUUCCUACUCUGAACUGAAAGAUGGCCAUUUUCUUUUGAUAAAACAAAAAACAAAAAUGAAAAUACAUCUGCAAUGUAUGAAAAUAAAGUCCAAGCAAUC